AAACCAAAACAUUGUCCUACAAAAGGACCCUCCCAUUUGGAAUCUUAAUUAUAACCAUCCAUCACUCUACCCUUGCAUAUGUAAAACAUGUUUCUGUCUUGCUUUAAAACCAUGAUUAUUAUCUUAUUCAUCUUUGUUUGUGUUGGAUUAAGCAAUGGUGCCAAUCAAAAAAUACCCCUUCAAGGAAGAAAAGGCCAAUGGCAACUGCUUCUCAACAACACAGGUGUCGUUGGUAUGCAUAUGGCAUUAACCUACGAAAACACCGUCAUAAUGUUCGACCAAACUGAAGCAGGCCAAUCUAGGUACAAACUUCGUAAACGCUUCAAUGGAACCAUGUGUAAAACAAACCAACAUGAUUUAACUGAUUCAACAUGCUUUGCUCAUUCAGUAGAGUAUGAUAUCAGUUCCAAUAGAAUAAGACCUUUGAGGCUUGACACUGAUCCUUGGUGUUCCUCUGGCUCUUUCCUAAGCAAUGGAACACUUCUACAAACAGGUGGAUUUCAUCAAGGUGCUAAAAGGGUUAGAUACUAUAGACCUUGUGGUGGGAAUCAUCAUCAAUGUGAUUGGAUACAAUCAAAGAAAUCUCUAUCUGAUCAAAGGUGGUAUGCUUCUAGUCAGAUUCUACCAGAACAUGACAGAGUUGUUAUUGUUGGCGGAAAAAGAGUUUUCACAUAUGAAUUUGUGCCGAAAAUUAGUCCUAAUGAAAAAUCUUUCAACCUUCCAUUUCUGCACCAAACCAAUGACAGGAAUUCAGAAGGGAACAAUUUAUAUCCAUUCACUCACCUUUCGUCGGAUGGAAACUUGUUCAUUUUUGCAAACCGUGAUUCCAUCUUACUCAACUUGAGACGCAAUAGAGUAAUCAAGACGUUCCCUCGGAUUCCAGGAAAUGGGUCGAGAAACUACCCGAGUUCUGGCUCAUCCGUGUUACUACCGUUAGACCAUAAAGACAAUUUCCAUAAAGUUGAAGUUAUGGUAUGCGGAGGUUCUGCUACAGGAGCACUCAAUGCUGCUAGAAGAAAAAGGUUCGUUGAAGGUUUAAGAUCUUGUGGGAGAAUGGUGAUCACAGGGAAUAAACACAGUUGGGAAAUGGAUUACAUGCCGAAACCGCGUUUCUUACACGACAUGCUAAUUCUACCUACAGGUAACAUCUUAAUUGUAAAUGGUGCUAUAAAUGGUUGUGCAGGAUAUGAUAAUGCUAGAAAUGCUUCACUUGAACCUUAUCUUUAUAGUCCAAAAAAAAGACUAGGAAAAAGGUUCAGCGUACUUAAGAAAACAAUGAUAGCAAGAAUGUAUCAUUCAUCAGCAACUCUUCUUCCUGAUGGUAGAGUAUUAGUAGCUGGUAGUAACCCACAUGGGAGAUACACUUUUCACAAUGCAGCAUAUCCAACUGAACUAAGACUUCAAGCAUUUGUUCCACAUUACAUGGAAAAGAGGUAUCAUACUUGGAGGCCAAGUAACUUGACAAUACAAAAGCAUACAAUUGGGUAUGGUAAAGAGUUCAAUGUGACGUUUUUGUUGGGGAAGAGGCCGAGCGAUAAUGUGAGGUUCAGUGUUUAUUCACCGCCGUUUACUACUCAUGCAUUUGCCAUGAAUCAGAGGAUGUUGAAUCUGAGGUGCAAGAGGAUGGUGAGAAGUAGUAAGGGGUGGGUGCAUGCAGUAUUGGAAGCUCCGCCAUCAUCUGUUGUUGCACCUUCUGGUUAUUACUUGCUCACGGUGGUGAAUGAAGGAAUUCCAAGUUUGUCUCAGUGGAUUCAGUUUGCACACGCUUAGGCUUCUUUAAAUGAAAAUGGCUCAAAUUAAAGGAUCUAUACUUUAUUACAAAAUAUAACUAAUGAGAAAAAACUAUAUAUAUUAUAUAUAUAUAUAUAUAUAUAUAUAUAUAUAUAUAUAUAUAUAUUUUAACGGCAAAUAUAUUAUUAAUCAGGUCUCUGCACAAGACGAAGACCGGUAUAAAAAUAACUACAUAAUAGGGUGCCGUAUAUAUGCGGAACGCCAAAAUAUAGUUGGUACGGUAGUUAGUUAUAUACAUUGUCCGAUAAAAAAUUAUAAGUUAUAUGCAGAGUGGGGUAUGCAGUAUUUGUAGUUUUUCCUUCUAAUAUAUAGAAGAAAGAAAUUACUAUUUGAUAAGCCA